AUGUCUAGACCGACCUAUUCUCUCGUACCAGAGACAGACACGACUAGUUCGUCCUACCGACCACUAUCUCGCCGAGGAAGCGAAACCAAUCUCGUUCCUCGCACCCCACAUUCUCGUUCGGGAAAUCAAACGUUUACUCAUGCUCAAAAUGCGUCCAUAGAUUUUGCGCCCGAUGCCUCCCGGGAUGACCUGAACGAAACCUAUGAAAUGACCCAACAAAGUCAAACCGAGCCCCUCCUUGCGUCUUCCACUUCCGCGACUUUUGGUGACGAUAUUCACAAACUCAUCGAUGCAGAAUCUCGAGGUCGUCGCCGCCCUGCUAGCCGACGGGCCUUCGAUCGAGCUAUUGCUCAUCUGCCGAUAGCCUUUGGGGUCGUAUUCUCGCUCUUCUUGUGUCUGCUUAUAUUCGUAUCAAUGUACUGGCCGAAUAAGUUGCAGGAAUUUAUUGGGACUUCGCAACCUGACGUAUCGGAUGACACAGCCGUGGUGGGGAAUAGUAGUUCUGUACUCGAUACCACUACUGGGGCCACCCAUAACCAUACGCAUUCUGCCUCGGUUUCGAUAGAUUACUCUGCAUAUAGUGCAUUCCCUUUAACACCCGAGCAGUACCGACAGGAAUGCUGGAAACAACAGGAGAGUCAUUUCCAUGGAGGCUACUGGGAUAAACCCCCAGAGGGAGUGGCCGAUGUCAAGCACUCUGAAAACAACCGGAAAGUUUGUUCGAGUACGAUUACCUUUAUGUUUGACGGCAACAGAGGUCUAAUGGCGGACCUUGCGUUGAUCGCUCAGUUAGCUGGUCUAGCGAGGGAGCAAGGGAGAACGUUCUUGAUUGACGAUAGGCUAUGGACUCGCGGAAACUGGACAACGCACUUUAGGAGCAUCCGAGAAACCCAGCCGGGGCCAGAACCUGGAUGCCUCCCGCCUCCACCUGAAGAAUUGGUUGCUUGUCCGCGAUUAGCCAAACAUUGGGUUGUAACACCUCUAACAGCUAAAUUCCACUUUGGUCAUUCCUUUUCCGAGAGUUUCGAGGAUCCGUAUGCGCAAUCUACAGAAAGGCUCAAACCCAUCUUCACAAGGGCAUUUGACUCGUUUGAAUCGUUCAUAAUCCUCAAUGACCAAAACAUCCGACUUCUCCGCCAGGCCCGCUCCGAGCUCCGUCGUCGCAUUCAGCUCAACACGGAUAGCGAAGCUGUCGCUACAUACAUGGGCGCUCAUAUCAGGCGCGGAGACCGAAAAGCCAUGAGCUGGGAGUUUAUCAAGUCCGGCUCGGAUGGAUAUGUCCCGAUCCAAAACUAUGUAGACGCGGUUCAAAAAACUUGGAGUCUGGUGGGCUUACCAGGACGCCCUCACGUCUACGUCGCCUCGGACGAUCCAGUCUCUUUGGACGAAUUUACCAAGAUCUUCCCUGGUUAUGUGUAUUCGCUCCGACAGUGGGGGAUCGACGGUGGUCGUACCAGAGAAGGUUCUGUGACAGAUGCAGCAGAGGAACUUGCGGAGCUGGCCAGUCCUUCUGCAUAUGUCCAAUCUGAAUGGAUGAACCGCACCGAAGAACAGAGAAUCCGGCUCACUCGAGGGAUGAUAGUUGAAAUGGCGCUGUUAUCUGAAUUGUGGGACGAUGAUACUAACGAUGAGGAUAAUGACUUGGAACUGAUCGCAACGGCUUGCACCCUAACAUCUAACGUGUGCAAGAUGGCCGCUGUUGGAUUAGGGUGGGCCAGAUCGCUGGGGUCGAAGCUCAAGUCAUGGGUUGAGCUUGAUAAUCGAAACAACAUCGAACCUGAAUGGGAGGCCUUUGAAUUAAUCUGA